AUGUAUCAGUACAAGCCAUUCCGAGGAAUGUAUUAUGACCUGAAACGGAGGAUACCGCUCUAUCCCAGUAAGAUUUUUCGGUCUGAUAAUCUUCCUCAGGUCAUUACCGCGACGAUUCGAAUGUACUUUAUCAACUUGAUCCCAGCUCUUGCUUAUAUGCUGGAUAUGAACGAUCGAACUAACGGAUAUUAUGGUACAAACGAGGGGUACAUUUCAGCCAGUGCACUCGCUGCCAUAACUUUCGCCCUCUUUAGCGCCCAACCCCUCACGAUAGUGGGAGUCACAGGUUUGAUUAACUUGUUCAAUUACACCGAUUAUGAUAUCGUUGUCAAAAAAUACGGAGUCAACUAUUCACAAUUUCAGGCGUGGAUGUUGAUAUGGGCUGCUAUAUUUCAUUUCGCAAUGUCGAUAUUCAAUCUUUGUGACUACACGCGAUUUAUCACCGAUAUGACAUCUGAGACUUUUGGCUUGUAUGUUGGAGUGAUUUACAUACAAAAGGGUGUAGAACUUUUGGUACGCGAGUUUGACCAAAGCUCGGCUAAGGGGUGGUUGAGUGUGGUAGUGGCUAUGUUGUUUGCAUUGUCGGUCUAUUGGAUUGAGAAAGCGGGACGCAAAGGCUUUGGACCUCUUUGGGCGAGGAGAUUGAUUUCAGAUUACGCUUUCGUACUCGCCUGUAUCUUUUACACCGGUUUUGUUCACAUCCCUGGUUAUCUGAAGUCAGCUGACUUAGACAAGGUCCCUAUCACCCGCUCAUGGUAUCCGACGGCCGAUCGCAAUUGGGUAGUCGAUUUUUGGAACCUUCCCACGAAAUGGGUCUUCGUCUCUCUGCCAUUCGGAUUCCUCCUCACGCUCUUAUUCUAUUUCGAUCACAACGUCUCUUCACUCAUGGCACAAGCUCGUCAAUUCCCUGUCGAGCGGCCUGCAGGCUUCCAUUGGGACUUUUUUGUCUUGGGUAUCACGACUUUUGUAUCAGGUUUAUUGGGACUACCAGCCCCCAAUGGACUUGUUCCCCAAGCACCUGUACAUACAGAGAGCCUAUCGAUUGUGAAACAAGUUAAUGCGGCCAAUGUAGAGGGCGUAGUAGACACGGAAAUAGCAGACUUCAAGUUGGUUAGGACUCGAGUUGUGGAACAGAGAGUCAGUCAUCUUGGAAUCGGCCUCUUGACCCUUGGAACAAUGACGCGUCCACUUCUAGUAGCAAUUGGAACAAUGCCUCGAGCACUUUUUGCUGGAGUCUUCAUUGGUGUAGGAUGGGCAUCAGUCGAAGGAAAUGGAAUCGUUCACAAAACACUUUACCUAUUUCGUGAUCGGAAAACACUCGUUCCGAACAAAGGAUUAGGUAGAAUCAAUCGAUGGUCAAUUACCAAAUUUAUAGGAAUUCAAUGGAUUGUCUUUGCAAUCAUGGUAGCCAUCUCACAAACAAUUGCAGCUAUCGGAUUCCCUCUAGUAAUCAUUACCCUUAUUCCAUUACGAGUUUAUUAUGGCCCAAGAUGGUUUUCAGAAUUCGAACUCGAGGUACUUGAUUCACCCACUGCAAAUGCUAUAGGAGUGAUGCUCAGUAUCGGAGGAGAAUUGGGUGGAAAUAAGGAUAAUACUUCUAAUUAUGGUCUUGAAACACUCAAUCGGGAAGGUCAUGGUUCAGAGCGAGAAGGUAUUCCUACUGCACCUGAAAAAUUACAUACUGCUUAA